UCCCUUUCCGUCUCUAAUGGGCGGGGCUUCAUUUUCUAAACAACAUGCCGGAGUCGUGUUGUGACAAAAACGGGAAAAGCGAGCCUUAUUUCUUCAAUAUUGUGACAGUAGCAUCAAAGUUUGUUGACGACCAUCUGUCUCUUGUUCGGAACAUCAGCACGGUGCUUGCAGUAGCCGGUGUUAUUACCAUAGCGACGAGUAUCAAGCUGAUUACUAGGUUUGGGUCUCCUUCAGAAAUCCCUGUCCGAUUUAUUGAGAGAACAGUUAGUAUCAGAGGAAGAGUGAGACGUGUAACAGACAGAGGGCUUGAAGUGGAACAUGUCCCAGUUUAUGUCCCCAUAGUGUCUCACCUGCUAACUAAUCGUCAGCCCGUUGCCGCCCCCCUGCAUGUGCGUCUGGCUGGGGUGGAGCUGACCCCACAGGGCCAGGACUGGCUUGCUCAGAGGCUCAGGCCAGAGGAGGCAGUCUGGCUGCGUUUGAUUGGUCGCCAGGGCGACUGCCUCCAUUGCCUGGUGUCUGUCAGCAGGGGUCUUCUGUUUUCCACGUGUGUGAACCAGGAGGUCCUGCGACUAGGCCUGGGUAGGACCGCUCCUCUCCAUGGCCUGGACCCUCGCUCCCGCCUCUACUGGAAGAUCCACAAGCGGCUGCUCCGCUCGGAGCUGAAGGCCGAGAGGAAGGGGGAAGGCCUGUGGAAAGAGCCGAGUCGGAGCGAGCGGCUCAUCCAUGCCCUCAGAAACAACACAGUCAUCAUGGCGAUAAAGAGGGCCUGGAAGUGGAUGUGGAAGGGGAGGGACCAGUGAUGCAUGCGCACUGUGAAAGGGAGAAGACCGUCAUGGCCGCCUGGGAUGCAGAUACCGCAGGAUGUUGGAGGCAGUCCUCCUCACCCUGACAUCUUUAUUUUCUGCUAGAUGUAUUAGUGGCUUUUUUUUAGGCUGCAUAAAACUAAAAACUCCACUUCCUCUAGCAUCAGCACACAUUGUUACUUCCAUAUUCCCUCACACCAGAAGAGACACAGGAGAGGUGAAUUUAGUCAUUCAUUCUUAAUCCUAUUCUUCUAAAAGUGGAAGACUGGAGUCAGUUCAGUGCUGCUUAAGAUCAAGGCUGGCAGGAUAGGGGAAUGUGAUGUGUCUGAACAUAAAAGAAGCGCUUUUAUUCUGACGGUAUGCUUAAAGGGAAGUCUGCAUUGCCAUCUUCAUCUUGUGGGCACUUUGAUGAAGAGAGCAUUUGUCAGUUCUGGAUCCGUUUAUUUUCACACGGGCCCACGCGUGGUUCACCCUCAAAGAUGUGUUUUCCAACCAGAAGCAGGUUCAUUAUUUAACCUGCCUUCCACAUGCCUCUCUCAAGUCCAUCAACAUGGUCAUAGUGACCAAGAUCUCCUUAUCAUCUUCUAUGCCAUAAUGCUCCUUUGUUCCUUUUCCCCCUCUAAGAAGGAGGAGUGGGGUGCAUCGUUUUGCUGACAAAGCUGUGGGGGUAUACUGGUUUUCCCCCUUGGACACAAUAGGGUUGGUGGGGGGGGGGGGGGUUGUUGCCAUAGAAACACCUAAUCCAGAAGACAAAGUGCAUCAAAAAACAUGGUAUCCUCUCAGGGUCCUAGAGGCCUUCGACUAUAAGAAGUAGAUAGAGAGGGGAAAACACUAAGAAGAAUGAAUCAGUAAGAUGUAGGGGAUGACAAAAUGGGAAAAGGCUUUCGGAAGUAUGGAUAGCUGCUCUCUAGAGCAUUGUCUGUACGAAUACUUUAGGUCUGUAAGGGUGUGUAAUGGCACUGGAGCUUUUCUUCAAUGAUAUCUGACAGAUGUUAAUGAUAAUAAAUGCAAAACAAAAAUC